AUGGGUAUUGAUCCUUACAAAGUGACCCAGGAAGAGUUUAUGCAACAUGAAGAUGCUGGACAUGAAGGUACUGAGCAUGGACCUACUAAGCAUGAAGAAGAAGAGUUACAGUUAGUUGAGACUGAGCAACAAGGAGAUGGAAAGGGGCACAAAAGACCACUGAGGACAUAUAGUUCAAUUUUGAAGAGUGUGACAACUUGCAAGACUCCACCAAAGAAAAGGCUCGUUUCAAAGGGAAAUCCCACUCCUACAAAUAAUGUUGAUGAGGAGCAGAAGAAAGAUGUUGAAGAGACACCUGUUACGGAUGAGGCGCAGAAGAAAGCUGCAAAUGAUGGAGUUGUGGAUGGGGCAGGUGAUGAUGUAGCUGCAAAAGCCGCAGGUGAUGAUGUAACUGCAAAAGUCAAUGAGGAAACACCUGCAAAUGUUGGUGACGGUUUGGUUAUGACUGCUCCAACUCAGCCAACUCCUGGAACUUUUGGGGACAGUUCUGCUUCAAUACAGUUUGAGGACUCCAUGGUGAUAAGUGUUACAACACCGCAACUAGGAGCUAACCCUGAUGAUAUGCCGAAUGUUGAAGUGAGUGAAAUGAUAGAUGAUAUCGUCGGCGACAUUAACAAAACUGAACAUGGACCUGCAGUGACGGAGAAUGCAGAACCUACCUCAACUGCUACAACACAGGAUAACUUUUUUAGCCUUGGAAUAGAUAAAACUCCAAGACCUGUAGGAGAGUUACUGAAGGAAGUUGCGAAGACAAUAAGAGAAAACCAACCAGCAUUCAUGCAAGAACGUGUGCUGAGGAAUAGAAAAAUUCCAACACAAGAUCUGAAACAAUAUCAAAGAAACUCAAAGAGGGUUAAGAAGACAUCUAAUGAAGAAGAAAUGGCCGCAGUUCCAGAAGUGGAAAAAGAAAGAAUAGACGCAGUUCCAGAAGUAGAAGAAGAAAGAAUGGCUGAGGUUGCUGAAGAAGAUGAUGGAACAAUGAGAAAGGAUGUGAAAGGUUCAGAAGUUAUCGAAAAGCUGGAAGGCGAGAAAAAGAAGAUAGUGCUUGAAUAUUUCAAUACUCAUCCGAAAACAGACAUUGCUUGGAUGGAAUGCGACGAAGAUGGUAACCAUAUGUUUGAUAUAUCUGGAGAACUAAUGCUACAGCUUACCAAGAAAGAAUCCUACUUGGAGUCAGAAUUCAUCGACUUCUACAUUAGCAGAUUGAAGACAAAGAUGAACUCUAACAACAAGUAUGACAAAGCGUUAUUCGUGUCACCAAAAGCAUACGCCUCUUACUUGAACGAUUACGGAGAAUUCAAGAGAUUUUGGAUUCCAAAGCUUGCUAAGGAGUAUGUCAAGUACAAGAACAAUGCAGUCAGACUUUUCUCCCCAAUGUGCAACAACAACACACACUUCACACUGCUGGAGUAUGACUUGAGGAGCUCUAAUGCUUGGUCCUACAUGAACUCGUCAAACGUUAAGGAACUCAAGGGUGAACACCUUGUUCAAGCCAAGAAAUAUGCAUUUGCAAUUACUACAGAACUGAGACUCUUGUGUCCUUAUGCUCUUGAGAUGAAUGAAAAUGCCAAGUAUCUCCCUUCGCCACCACAAGGUUCAUUUCCUGACUGUCUUCCAUGUGUAUGCACUUACAUGAAGAUAAGGAUGAAGAAUAAACCACUUGACAAAAAAUUAAGCUCAAGUGAUGCUAUGGUGGACUGA